GUUGAUGUGAUGCUAUGUGUCAUUUCUACAGCCAGGUAGUCACUCUGUCUGCGGGGCCAACUCCCUGGGUGCUGCUGAUCCUGCAGAUCACAGCUGAGUCUCUGCGCGGCUCUGAUCAUUUUGACCCACAUACACACUCAUGCAAACACACAAAAGCACACACACAGCAGACACACAGCACCGUGAAAAACUGCAUUCGUACAAAAGAAAAAGCCUCACACAAAGCAUUUCCAUUUGAGCUUCAUUUCUGCUCUGUUGAGUCUGUUCGUGUCACAACUUUGCAGAUGUUUUAGCCAUGGGGACAUGAACACUAAAUUUGCACAAAUUCUCUCUGCAGUCGUUUGGUUGGAACAGUGGGUUUUGAAAUGAUAAUGAAUCUGUGAGCCAGGAUCUCCCACAUGGCACCAUGUCUAGCGUGGAAACAGAAGAAAUAGAAAAAAAAAAAAGGCAAGCCCUGGAAAGCAGCAGAAUAGGAUAGAUUUUUUUUCUUUCUGUCAAAUGUGAAAGUCAAAUUCUGGCUGAACUAGAUUUCACCUUCAAAGCAGGCUGUGUUUCUCAAAAGCACAAUAUUACAAAAUGUGAAACUGAGGUUAAUGUUAUAUAUCCAAAGAGCAGAUAGAGUUCCCAAAACCAAGUGACUAACAUUUCACAAUCCUGCUUUAUCGAAGCAAAUAUAAAAAGAUAAGGAAUAUAAAAAAGUUAUAAAUACUCUAUGAUAGUGAGCUGGAGUGAUGACUCACAGUGUGAAAUAUACCAUCCGAUUACAUAAUGCAAGCUUGCAUAUUCCUGCACAUGUGAUUUCAGAUGUUUAUUAGUGUGCAAUCAGAAGGUGAUAAGGUGUUGUAAAAGAAACACAAACACAAUUACAGCGGGCAGAAACGGUUAAAAAAUCACACGUUGUCUUUUACACUCAAACACAGGGAGGGGUAGGCAGUUUACAGGUCACAUUCCAGUGAGAUAUGACUGCACAGCAGGGAGCAGGGAGCACUGAGUGUCCAGAUUCAGUGUGUGAACCUGACAGCGGGGAGUAGCAUGUAUCAGGAGAAGAAGCCAGAGAGCGUGUCAACGCGUCCCCUGGGUGCAGCAGCUGUCCCUGAUCCUGGGCUGCUGUGCAUAUUUGGGACAGGGGACUUGGGGCGUUCUCUGGGCCUGCGUCUGCUCCAGUCCGGAUACAGGGUGGUGUACGGCAGCCGAAGACCUCACAGCUGUGGUCCCCUACCCGAAGGAGCUCAGGUGAUGAGCCAUGCUGCAGCAGCCCAAUCAGCCAGCCUGAUCUUCAUCUGUGUUCACAGAGAGCACUAUGGAUUCCUGGAGACUAUGGCUCCUCACCUGGAGGGAAAGGUGCUGGUGGAUCUCAGUAAUAACUUGAAGAAAGGCCUGUACCCAGAAGCCAAUGCUGCCUACCUGCAGAGACUGGUCCCUGGAGCCGCUGUGGUGAAAGGCCUUAACACGCUGUCUGCCUGGGCUCUGCAGAACGGACUGCUGGCAGGAAAACAGGUGUACCUGUGUGGGAACAGUGCAGAAGCAAAGCAGGCAGUAGGUGAGAUGGCCACAAAACUAGGCCUCACUGUUCUGGAUAGAGGGACUCUGUCAGCAGCUAGAGAAUUGGAGGACUUCCCCUUACGGCUGUUCAAAGAGUGGAGGCUGCCACUAUGCAUAGCUCUUGGCCUUAUGGCCUUCUUCUUCUUCUAUCUGCUCAUAAGAGAUGUUAUCUAUGCGGCUGUUGAAACGGACAAAGACAUCUCCUACAGAAUUACGAUUUCCCUGGGAAACAAGGUGUUUCCAAUUGUGUCUCUCAUCAUGUUGUCUCUUUGCUACCUGCCUGGAGUUAUAGCUGCCUUCCUUCAGCUCUACAGAGGGACCAAGUACAGGCGCUUCCCCGAUUGGCUGGACCGCUGGAUGCAGUGCAGGAAGCAGAUGGGUCUGGUUGCACUGGGCUUAGCUUUUCUCCAUGCCAUCUAUACAUUCAUCAUUCCCAUUCGCUAUGCUGUCAGACACAAACUCAUCUCAACGGUGGUUGUGGAGUUAACCAAUAAAACACCCCCAUUUGUCUUUGAUAACACCGAGGCAUGGGGCACUGAUUCAUUCUACAUGCUGGGGAUCCUGGGAUUCUUUCUUUAUGUCCUGCUAGGACUUACAUCCCUGCCCUCUGUGGGAGGCACUCUCAGCUGGAGAGAGUUCAGCUUCAUUCAGUCUAAGCUGGGCCACCUGACCCUGUUCAUAUGCACAGCACACGGCUACAUCUACGGCUGGAACAAAUUCCUAAAACCCUCUACAUACAAAUGGUACACUCCUCCGGGUUACAUGCUUUGUCUGAUUGUGCCUUCUGUGGUGUUGGUGCUCAAAUUCCUGAUUCUCCUUCCCUGUGUGGACCGGACCCUAACCCGCAUCCGACAAGGCUGGGAGAGGACCCCGCCAGAUGGAGAAACGGUUAUGACCAAGGAAACUAAUCUUUGAUCACUUAUUAAUCACAAAUCAUUAAACUGUACAUCCAUUUCAAUUUCUACAACUAAAGAGGAUCUUAAACUAAGAAGUAUUUCUUACUUGUAAAUAGCCAUAAAUCAGACAAAAGGACAUACAAUAUUUUAUCCUUCUGAUUAAAAUAUCAUUUAUUUU